AUGAGUUUGAGCGGUACCAAUGGUAGAGUUCCAUACGACGAGGAGGUGGGGUUUUUACCAACCUCAAAAGAUAGUCCUGAUACGAAUGAAAAUGAAGCAGGACAAAAAGACACCUAUCGUUUACUUACAAGAGAAGACUUGAUGCAGCUAGACAGCAAAGAGCCGUUGUGGUUACGUCUUCGAUGGGGUCUAUUUAUAUUGUUUUGGAUUGUUUGGAUUGGACUCCUCUUAGCGGCAAUCUUGAUAAUAGUGUUCACUCCCAAGUGUCCUCCAAGACCUGUUCUGCCUUUCUGGAGAUCAAGUACUGGGUAUUGGGUCAACCCAUUUGCUUACGCGGAUUCUACCGGUGACAAAAUCGGAGAUCUACGAGGCUUGGUCGAAAGACUCGGAUAUAUCAAAAGUACUAUAGGUGCGGGAUUCAUUGUCCUCAGUUCUAUUUUCUCCGGUCAGUCUACUAAUGACCAGAAAACAUUGGGUCUUGUGGACGAUUUCUAUACUAUUGACCCUGCAGCUGGUACUAUGGAAGAUUUUAAGUAUUUUGUGAGGUCAUGCCACAAAAAUGGUAUUCAUGUGGUCUUGACCAUGGACUUUAAUUCUGUCUCUGCGAAACAUUCAUGGACUGAUUCAACGUCUAUGCUCGAACCAUAUCCGAGUGGUGGACGGUUUGUUGAUCUUAAUCUGAGAGAGUCAGUUACAUUAGAUCGUGUUUCUGAUGUGGCAAAGUUUUGGCUCAAUGAGGGCAUAGAUGGAAUUCUCUUAGACAAUGUUGCUUUCUAUGUUGAAAACAGUGCAGAACCCACCGCCCCGGUUACAAAAGAGUUGGGUUCACAAUGGUUUGCUAAAUAUCCGACAUCACAAAUUUACCUGAAUGAAUCAGUGGAGGUUGUUCGCAGAAUUAGAAAGGUUGUCGAUGAAAUGUCGGAGUCCAGUGGGAAACCGAAGUUAUUGGCAGUUGAUGCUGGUAAUACAGGAUAUGGUAUUAGUGAGAAGGAAGACCCUUCCAUGCAGUAUCUCGGGACGAAAGAUUCGCCAGCAGCACAUGUAGUUGUAAGCCGUCAGUUUGUUAAGCAGCGUGGUUGGAAAGCACCUCCAACUAAUCCUCUCGUGAUAAACAACAAUAUUUUGACGUAUGAUAUGCUAAGUGUGGAUGACAGAGAUUCCAUGGCUUUGGCAGCUGCUUCAACUACUGACCCUAGACAGUCUGAUCUAGUUGCUUUGGCUGCUACGUUUCUGCUUCCAGGCACUUGUCUACUGUAUUAUGGUUCGGAGUUAAAUGAGGAGACGAGAAAUACCAAAUUCACUGCCGAUUUUUACCCGUUUGAUGAGAAGACUGUGUUCACUGGCUCUAACGAAACUGAUGUGCUUUUAUCUCAAUUAGCCAUGCCUUGGGAUCAAUCUGGAGUUGGUUUCUCGGCGAUGCUAUCAAAUGUUACUUCUUUUACAGAAUAUUUGAAAGCCUUUAAAUUUAAUGAAACAGUCGAGUCCGCAACAUCAAGUGGUCGUGGGAUUACUUCUCUCUCACUUGUUCAAGAUCUUGUAGCGAUCCGUAAAAAUGAAAGCUUGCUAUGGGGAGGUUUCAGGAUGUUGCAACCCAGUCGCAUUACAGAAGAGUUGAAUUUUGAGGUAUUUGAACGCAAAGCCGAAGGUUUCCCAGCCUUCAUAAUUGUUUUACGCAAAGAGUCCAAUGCGGUCAGUGGGACAUUUGACUUUUCUAGUGUGUGCCCUAGCAUCAUUCCAAAAAUAAUCUAUCCUCCAAAUAAAAAUUUCCCAAUUGAUCAACCAGUUAGUAGUCAACGUGUUUACCUGAAAUCUGAUGGGCAACCUAUGAUAUAUGUUUUCAAAUGUGAAUGA